AUGUCAGCAGCAGAACCACCUGCUAAAAGUAAGCCAACCGAUUAUAAUUUAUGCAUAAAAUGUCAAGAACAUAUAAAAAAGGAAAAACUGACGAAACCAAUGGUUGUGUCUACAUAUGAAACAUUUCUACAAUAUGUUAAUGAGAGAUUUGAAACUGGAAAUCCUGAUUAUAUUGGAGUGUCACAAAGAUUGAAGGGACUGUCACCAAAUGAGCUUCUAGAAUUAGGAGCCCAAUGGCGUCGCAAUUGCGAAACAACUGAUAAAAACAAGCUUGAAAGAGAUAAGAAGAGGUACCAAAUGAAUAGCGAAAAUAACCUCAAGGGAAAAAGGGCGCCCUUCUUCAGGUUCUGUUUCUAGUAGAUUGACCAGAUCAGGUAAAGAGAGUUUUAAUCGUGAUGCCUGCUUUUUUGUCAAGGAAGUGAUCCAGAGACAGCUAGAGAUGCAAUCCAUUCUUGCCAAAGUAAAAACAGUGCAAAUUCGAUCAAAGAUAUUGUAGAUAGAAGUGACAAUGCUAAAUGAAUGGAAGGUCCAGUUAGCGGAUAUAUUAGCCGAGGAUGAUUUCCUUGCCAGAGACAUAGUACACCACAAAAGCUGCAAAACUAAAUAUUGGCGAAAACAUGUCCAAGCUUCCGAUAGACAAAGUUCAUGCAUGGACGCAAAUGAAUCAACACUCUUUAUAGCUGCAGAAAUAGAGUUUUUUUAUCACUUAAAUGAGAUUGUAGAGUCUGGGGAAUACAUCACCACAGUUGAAGUUGAAACAUUAUACAAAAACAUGAUGCAUGAUCAUGGUAUAGACAAGCCAAUAACACAUAGAUCCUUGAUUUCCAAUAUCUCAGAACAUGCCACACAUUGUAAUAUCCCAACAUAGAUGGAGUUUACCAGGUGUCCUGCAUUCUAAGAAAGCAGGUCAUGAGGCAAUAGAUAUAGCUCGGACGGAGAAGGACAUCAAAGGCGAUCUUGAUCAAAUAUUCAAAUCAGCCAAAGUAAUCAGACAGCUGGUUAUUAACGCAAGGAAAGAAUGCCCAUGGGCUUUUACGGGACACCUUGAUGGUUCUAGUGAGAGUGGUGUACCCGUGGAACUGAUGAUGAUGACCAGGUGGAUCUUGCAAGGAUCUCAAGUGGCUACAACCAAUUCUAGAAAUCUAGUUUUACGUAAAUCAUGUGCUAAUCUCACAAAUUAUUAUGCAAGAAUUAAAGACCAAACGACAAGUUACGCAUGA